AUGGACGGCCCGGAGACCGGCCUCGUCCGCUGGUCGCCCAAUGCGGGCGUGGACUCGUUUCUGCACAUCAACCUGCAGCACCGGAUUGUGCAGUUGUACGUGCCGACGGGCUACGCCAAGACCGGCCGGUUCGAGUACCGCAACUUAUCGAAGCACGAAGACUUUCCGACGCUGACGUCGUUUGACUGGGCGCCCAACAUCCCCGGGCUUGUGGCCGUGGGCACGCCGACCGGUGUGGUCAACCUGCUCAAGAUCGACGACAACUCCAACGCGUACAUGGAGCUGGGCCUCAAGAUGUCGCGCACGUGUCAAGCGGUCUCGUUCAGCACGGCCAACCGUCUGGCCGUCGGGCUGGACCGCGUGCGCAGCGACCGGUGUCUGCACAUCUGGGACGUCAACCGUCUGGUGCAGUCGUCUUCGCGCGGACAGGACGGCGUCGGCUUUGCCCGGGAUGUCGAGCCGUUUGGCGAGCCGGUCGAGGUGCGCGAGCCGAGCGUGUCGGUGUCGAGCGUGCGCUUCUUCGAAGACAACCCGAACACGCUCGUGGUCGGGAUCAAGGGCCAAGGGCUGCGCAUUCAUGACUUGCGCGACCAUAGCGUGCAGAUGCCCAGUUUCCAGACGCGCUGCAACAACAACCUGGCCAUUGACUAUGCGGACCCCAACUACUUUGCCUCGUCCGCGCUCGACAACCCGGGCAUCAUGAUCUGGGACCGGCGCGCGGGCAACCGGGCGAUGGCGUCGCCGCAAUAUCUAGACGCCGUCGACGUGGACGAGCUGUCGUGGGGUGGUGCCCUGUGGCUAGACAGGGCCGUGUCGUCUGAGUCGGAGCAGGCGAUGAGCGAGAGCAAGAGCUCGGUGAUCCGGUCGCUGCGGUACUGCCGGGACCAUCGCGGCAUGCUGGGUGUGCUCUCGGGGACCGGGCAGCUCAAGGUGUACGAGACGGUACACGAAUACUGCUCGCUAGACAUGGUGGCCGACCGCAGCCCUGAGCUGCUGGAGGUGCGGCGGACCAACGAGAUGGACAACCAGUACUCGGAUCCGAAGCGAAAGAGCGAACGCAUCGUGUCGUUUGACUUUGUGACCAUCGGGUCGCCGGCACUGCGGCCACGCGUGUUGGUGCUGCGGUCCAACGGCAGCUUUGGCAUUGUCGAGAAGCCGUCGUUCACGGCCGAGUACCCGUUCAAGCUGAUUCCCUGGACGGCACCCUAUCGUGAAGGCUCCUCGUACCACAGCAUGAUGCAGCUGGAGAUGGACCAGGCGGCCGAGAUCCUCGGGCCGAUAGCGCUAGAGGAGGCGCUUGCAGACAUUCCCAUCUUUGCGGCGGAUGCGUCAGCGAUCGAGGCAGCGACGCAGACGGCCCAAAAAGCACGCGCCGCCCAGCUGAGCGGGUUGGAGACGACGGCGACAACGACAACAACGACAGGCGACACGGUCAGCGAAUUGAGGACGCCACCGGCCAAGCUUCCGGAUGAGUUCUAUGCGGCGACGACGGUGGCACAGAAGCUCAAGAUCUUGCGAGCAUACUCGAAGCGCCAUCUGCGACCACAGCAGAGCAAAAAAGGGGGGCCAGCGGUCUCGACAACGACAGCAGCAGCAGCAGCAGCAGCAGCGACGACGACGGCAGCCGAAGCAGUGACGACGUUCUCGGGCCGAGCUGACCUGACAGAGUCGACAGCAUCACUGGCAUCGCUAGCAUCGCUGUCAGGACGGCCGCUGACCAGCCAAGAGCUGCAUGAGAGCCUGCUGAGCGCAACGUUGGUGCGACAAGGGUUUCCAUCGGAGGCACAAGUAGUGCUAGACCACGUAAUGCUUCUGCGAGCCAAGGAGCGGUAUCUGUUUGACAGCGAGGUGAAUCAGGUGGUGGUGGCCGACGACCCGUGGCUGCGCGAUGUGUGGAGGUGGAUUGGAGACGCAGAAGCUGCGGCCAAGAGCGGCGGGAUGGUGGCACAUUCGCUGGACCUGUCGUUUAUGGGCGUGGGCAGCAUCUGGCUGGAGGAUCUGGGGGUCAAGAAAGAGACACGGAUCAUCAGUUCGGAGCCGCUGCCGGCGUCGUUUCCGGAAGCGGGAAACUGGCAGCGGGCGAUAGCGGCAAUCUGCCGGCGCCGAGGAUUGCCGCCGUAUGACGGGGUGGAAACACGACGGCCACACCACCGGCAGCUUUGUCUGGAGAUCUGCGGCUGGGGUCGGCCACCAAACAACAAAAGCGACGAGACGGGCGAGCGAGCGGCGUCUUUCCACACGAUGGCAGCAGCGCAGGCGCUGUUCCGGGGCGACAGCCAGCAGGCGGUGCGGAUUCUCAAGAUGGCCAGCGGCGAGCACCCGGAGCUGCUGUUUGUGUCGCUAGCACUGCAGCUGAUGGAGCGGGGCGGCGAGUCGGAUGGCGCGGGAGGGCGGCUGCUAGACUUUGACGAAGCGCUGGCAUCCAAGACGGAUCCAUACCUGCGGGCGAUCUCGUCACUGAUCGCAACGGGCGGCGACUGGAUGACGAUUGCACACCAGACAUCGCUGCCGCUGCGAGAACGGGUGGCAGUGGCGGUGCGGACGUUUGACGACGGCCAGCUGACGGCCUGGCUGCGAGAAACGCGGGUGGAAGCGGUGCGGACGGGCGACGUGGAGGGUGUGGUGCUGACGGGGCUGACAGACGCAGGCGUGGACAUCUGGGCGCGCUAUGUCGACCGGUUCCACGACGUGCAGACGGCUGCCUUGGUGACAGCCCUAGCAGCUCCGCGAUACAUUGACGAUGUGCGGUGUGCAGCGUGGCGACGGGCUUACGGGGCGUAUUUGCAGCGGCACCGGGCCUUUUUCCAGCGGGCCAAGUUCGAGGUCGAGAGCACCAAGCGCAGCAAAGGCACGGCCGACGGCCGGCCGCGUCUGGUGCCACCAGCUCGCCAGAUUGCGCUGCGAUGUGUCUAUUGUGAUGCCCAGACGCGACUGGCCGGUGCCGGUGGUCCUGGCAGUGUUGGCGGCGUGACUGGCGGCGCCGGUGGACCAGGUGGUGUGGCCCCUGCCGGUGCUGCCGUCGUGGUGAUGCCGGCUGGUGGUGGAGGUGGCAGUGGCAGCGGCGUUUCAACCGGUUCUGUGGCCUCAUCAGCACCUCCCGAGGCCAACAAUCAGCUGCGGGCCAAGCUGGUGACGGCCGGCAUCAGCUGUCCCAACUGCAAGCGUCAUCUGCCGCGCUGCGUCGUCUGCCUCGAGAUCGUCGGCACGCCGCGGUCAGAUCGUCCGGAGACGUCGGCCGAUGCAGACACUCGGUUGACGGCCCAGUUCCCGACUUUUUGUCUGCAGUGCGACCACGUCCUGCACUUGGAUCACGCCCGCCAGUGGUUCGCUCGCCAUGCCGAGUGUCCGGUGCCGGAGUGUCGCUGUCGGUGCAAUUUCCGGGCGAAUCCUGAGCUGAACUAUGCGUAG